AUGUGCGGCACAGGCAAAUUUAAAGUUCUAUGGGGUCUGGAGACAUCAGCAGCCUGCCCACGCUGCGGCGACUUCGAGGAUCAUCUGCAUAUUCCCCGCUGCCGCGCUGCUUUGGCAACAGCUGAAUGGGAUCGUCGCACUGCAGCCUUCUCCGCGUGGCUAGACCUGCAACUGACAGGCCCUUCCAUCAAAAUAGCGAUCCUACAGCUUCUUCAGGGCGUCCGCACACCUCCUUCAUUUCCCCCAAGGCCCAUCUCCUCUUCGGUUCAGCCGGCCUUCUUGGCUCAGCAGGUGAUUGGGUCUCAAGGCCUUUUGGAGGGACGCAUCGCUUCGUCUUGGCUUCCACUCCAACAACAAUAUUAUGACAAGAUAAGAUGUCGACGAUCUGUCUCUCUUUGGGCGUCCCGCCUCUCACAACAGCUGGUAUUGAUCGGCUUCUACAUGUGGGAGCAACGGAACUCCGUUCAACAUUCGGAUGAUAACGUCCAAUUACGUGAACGUCAUAGUACUGUCAAUGAGGGGAUUCACUCACAGUUUGAUAUGGGUCCCGAUGACUUGCCUAAGGAAAUUCGACCGAUGCUAACAUGCCGUCGACGAGUCCUUCGCAAGUCAUUGGUAGACAAGGAAGAGUGGCUUAAGUUGCUUUGUCAGGAACGCAGAGAUUUCCGUCGCUCCAUGAAAGCACAACGCCGCAGUCUGCGGACUAUUUUCUCCCCUGUACCCUGA